AUGAACCCUCUGGAACCGACCGAGUCCAUCGCUCGGCCGAAGCGACAUAUCGGUACGCUCGAGAUUGCAGCGGUUGGCUACAGUAUCUGCAACAGCUGGUCAGGGAUCAUGGCAACCUUUGCGUUCGUCGUCAAUCAAGGAGGCUCUCCCGCACUUUUGUACGGCUUGGUCGUCGUGUUCGUUGUGUAUGGUUGUAUUGCUGGUACGCUCUCCGAGCUCGCCAGUGCAUACCCAUCAGCUGGCGGCCAAUACCACUGGACGUCGAUUCUCGCACCGAAACGAUGUGCCAACUUCCUGAGCUAUCUGUGCGGCUCCUUGAACGUCUUCGCCUGGAUCGCCAUCACCGCAGGCGUAACAGUGAUUGUGCCGCAGAUUCUCUUCGCCGUCCUCGUCCACUUCGACACCAGUUAUAUCCCUAAGCCGUGGCAUGUCUUUCUCAUUUACCAAGCCGUCAACGCAGUCUGUCUGAUCCACAACAUCUUUGCCCUGCGAAAGUCGAUGUGGGUCUUCAACUACUUUCUCGCUCUCUCGCUAGCCGGCUUCUUCGUCGCGACCGUCACAUGCGUAGCGCGCGCCCCACGCUACCAGUCUGAUGAAGCAGUCUGGAUUACCUUCACCGACAGGUCUGGCUGGAACAACCAAGGCGUCGCCUUCUUGACAGGUCUGCUGUCUCCGGGAUACAUGUACGCCGGCUUCGACGGCGCCAUUCACCUGGCCGACGAAGCCAUGAACGCGUCCGUGGCGGUCCCGCGCGCCAUGCUUAGCACCUGGCUCAUCGGAUUUGUUUCGGCCUUCGUUCUGGCGACCGCGACGAUGUACAGUGCGCAGGACUUCGACUUGAUUGCUGCCACCCCUACCGGUCUUCCCGCCUUCGAGCUUUUACGCCAAGGCAUGCAAUCAGAUGCCGCAGCUACUGUCAUUGUGCUCAUCAUAGUGGUUUCCGCAUUUGCGGCCACUGCAGGAUGUCAACAGACCGCCUCCCGCUUGAUGUGGACCUUCGCCCGCGACAGAGGCUUCAUCUACAACCACCGCUUCUCCCGCCUCAACACUCGCUGGCAAGUUCCAAUCUGGGCUCUGUGCAUCAACGCCGCGGUCGUUUUCGUGAUCGGGUGCCUCUAUCUAGCGUCUUCAACCGCAUUCAACGCCUUCAUCGGGACGGGGCUGGUGCUUCAGCUGUUGACGUUUGCAUUUCCCGCUGCACUUCUGCUGGUGAGAAAGAGGUCGGCUGAGUUCUUGCCCCCGACGCGGAAGUUUCGUCUGCCGUCGGCGGUGGGAUGGAUCGCGAAUUUCUGCACGGUCGGAUUUGCGCUGGUGUGUUUUGUGUUUUACGACCUACCUGCGGUGCUCCCUGUCGAGGCUGGGAAUAUGAAUUAUUCGAUCGCUGUCAUUGGGGUUAUGGUCGUUGCAAUUCUGAUCAAUUGGCUGAUCUAUGCGAGGAUACAUUACCACGGGCCAGAUCUUGAGCACCUGGAAAGUUUUUGA